GAGCCAUGGAGUCGGCGUCGAGUAGUUCCAGUUUAGACAGCGAGGGAAACCAGCACAGACAUGACUGCGGCCGGGUCUGGAAUGGAAUGUCGAUGGACGCGAGAUACAUCCCGGCUCUCCGACGACUCGUGCCGCCGGAUCAUCGGGCCGUUGGAUGCGUCCGAUGCAUGAUCUCGAGGGGCCGGAAACGGACACCGCAAGUUUGCGUGCUCGUGGAACAUAUGCAAGAGCAUUGCGUCCUGAUAUGCGCGGAAGAGGGAGCCCUCCCGAACGCAACCCUCAAGUCGGACUCGCGCUUUCCGAUCAACGUAGAUUUCAGAAUUGACAUAGAACCAGUCAGCACGGUGGGAGGUUCCCGAGUCAUCACAGCGAACCUUUCGUAUAAGCGGAAGAAACUCAUCUUCGAGGCCGACUACGACGAUACCGCCGACCGUUUCGUCAAAGAGAUCAGCAAAGCUUUCGAGAACUCGAAAUACAGAAAUACGCCGGCCUCGGACUACCUCUGGGUGGAAGUCUAUAAGAACAACAGCAAAUUUUUCCUCGACGUCAAUCCCGAGGACGAGGACGAUCUCGGCGAGGAGAACAAGGCCUCCAGGGAAUGCAUGGUCAAGUGUCUCAUGCAGGAACGAGAGGAUGAGUUCACUGUGCUUAACGAAUUUAGGAUUUUCACUGGGACCUGGAACGUCAACGGAAUGGCGCCUCCGGAGUCCCUAUCGGAAUGGCUCGCGAGUUCCGCGCCGAACGAGCCACCGGACGUUUACGCGAUCGGUUUCCAAGAGCUGGACCUGUCGAAAGAAGCAUUUGUUUUCGCGGACUCGCCCCGGGAAAAAGAGUGGCUGCUCAAAGUGAAGGAGAGCUUGCAUCCGAAAGGUCGCUAUAAAGAAAUCAAAACAGUACGACUCAUCGGAAUGAUGCUGUCGGUAUUCGUGGAAGAGAAGCACGCACCGUUCGUUGCCAACGUCGACUGCAAUUCUCUGGGCACUGGAAUCUUAGGCAUGAUGGGCAACAAAGGUGGCGUGGGUGUACGGCUAGACCUGCAUUCGACGUCGAUCUGCUUCGUGAAUUGCCACCUGGCAGCUCAUGCGGAGGAGCGCGAACGACGAAACCAGGAUUUCAACGAUAUCCGGAACAAACUCUCGUUCAAUCAGAUGCGUCCCGCGAAGUCUGUCAGCGAGCACGACCAAAUCUAUUGGAUGGGGGAUAUGAACUACCGCUUGCAAGACACGACGAAACAGCACGUCGAGCAAGCUUGCGCCAACAACGACUUCAGCAGUCUCUGGGAAAGGGAUCAGCUGCGAGACCAGCAAGCGAAACGAAUCAUCUUCAUCGGUUUCGAGGAAGGCCCGCUCAACUUCAAGCCAACGUACAAAUACGACGUGGGAACGAACCAAUGGGACACAAGUGAGAAAGCUCGCGUACCUGCCUACUGCGAUAGAGUUCUCUGGCGCGGGAACAACAUUCGGCAACUCUGCUACAAGAGUCAUGAUAAUUUCGUGAUCUCCGACCAUAAGCCCGUUCUUGCCGAAUUCAGUUCAGGGAUCCGAGUCGUCGACGCAGUCAAGCGCAAAGAAAUCUACCAGGAGCUUAUGAAACAACUGGAUAAGGAGGAGAACGAUUUCAUGCCUCAAGUCACUGUCGACGAACACUACCUCAACUUCGGACGAGUGCAUUUCUACGAACGGGUUCAGAGGUCGUUUAAAAUAACAAAUACCGGUCCAGUAAUCGUGAGAUUCUUAUUCAAAGAACAACCCAAGGGUAGGCGCUACGCUAAAGAUUGGCUCAAAGCGGAUCCUCACAACGGCACACUGAAGAAAGGCGAAUCGUGUGACAUCACCCUGGAAAUCCUAGUCGACCCAGCGUCGGCUUCGAAACUCAAUAUGGGCGAGGAGAAAAUGAGUGAAGUUUUGGUUCUUCAUCUGGUCGAUGGCAAAGACAUAUUUAUAUCGGUCGACAUGGAAUAUCAACACAGCUGUUUCGGCUGUUCCCUGGAAGCACUCGUUCGCCACAUGACACCCAUAGGACUGCUGCCGCAAGAAACUUUGAUAGCUCUCGAAACGGACCCUGUGAAGAACGCCGAGCUUGGUGUACCGUUCGAAACCCCGACUGAGCUCUGGAUUAUCAUGGAUGCACUUCAACGGAAAGGUCUCAGUGGUGGGAAUAUCUUCGGGAAAUCUGGAAGUCAAGUCGAGAUUCAGACUGUUCGCGAGGCCCUGGACACAAAGAGGCCCGAUGGACAGCUCGAUGUGAGCGUCCAUGCGGUUGCCGAAUGUCUCCUCCUGUUCCUGAGCGCCCUACGGGAACCAGUUAUUCCCUACUGUUUCUUCAAAAAAUGUUUAGAUUCAUCGGUGACCUACACUCAAGCGAAGAGUGUGAUCCAAGAACUACCGAAAGUCCACCGAGAUACAUUCCGUUACUUGGUGCUAUUUCUACAAGAGCUGUUGCAAAAGUCUAAAAGACUGGAAGUUAACAUUCUCGCCACGAUCUUUAGCGCCGUAAUGAUACGUCCUCCUCAGGACGGUCAGAUGACCCCCAGCAAGGAGCGUAUGAGAUCUGUAUUCCUCUACCAUUUUCUUGUCAAUCAUUGCGAAGUUUGA